GUAAAAUUUAAAACAAAAGGAAAUCUGAAAAGAAUAAAUAAAAGAUAACCUAAACACACCCCAAAUCAAUGUCGAGUCUUUAAUCUUGGAUCAAGAAUCGGUGAAAGCUCCUCGAAGGAACUUUAUCUUCUACUCUCUCGAAGGAAUGGGUUGCUUUCCAGGUUGCUUCGGUGGCCGGAAGAAUCGCCGGCGUCAGAGACGCAGGGAGGAGCCUCGUUUAAAUAAAAUCUCUGAGGGUUCUACAAAGAUUGUUCAUCUGAAUCUUAGUGUUCCUAUUGUUGAAGAAGUUCCCAAGUCUAAAAAUGAUGUUAGGGUUCUUGCUGCUGUUGAGGAAGUCACUAAGGUUUCUGUCACUCCGACCACAGACAUCUGUGAAGAGAAAACUGAGGAGAACAUCAGUCCGAGUCCAACUCGUAAGAGAGUGACUUUUGACUCCAAGGUAAAAACUUAUGAACACAUUGCAGUAGAUGAAUCUGUUGAGCUCUUUGAAGAGGAGAAGAAGAAGGACGAAGAGGUGAAGCCUUUGAAGUCGAGUCAGGCUCCAUGUUCAUCAGAGGGAAGCGAUGUUACUUCCAACUCGUCAAGUUCUUUUCCUUCAAACCAUAGAUAUCAGAAUUGCAGAGAAAGUGACGAUGAGGAAGAAGAGGAUGAUGAUGCUGUAACAGAUUGUGAUGAAAGUGAUCUAGAAGAUGAUGAUGAUGGUGAUGGUGGUCUGCUUGAUGAAGACUAUUAUGAUGAUGAUGAUUAUGAGGAGAAGCAGCACAACUGGGAUAACAACAAAGUUUACACCGAGGAGAUAGCGGAUAAUGUUUUGAAUAAAGACAAGUCUAACACGAGUGCUAGAGACAGAACCGGAUAUGUCAACGCCGUACUGAACCCCAUCGAGAAUCUCUCCCAGUGGAAAGCUGUGAAAUCCAAAGGAAGAACAAUGCAGACGCAGUCUCGAAAGGAGAACGUGGAUCUCAUCUCCGACCAAGAACGACACAAACUAAAUGCAUCCUUCAGCUUAGUGGAGCCUCAGGUUGUUGAUGAGUUGCCAUCAUUCAGCUUGAAACCGAAAUCAAGAGAUGAAAUCAAGAAACAGAGAUCCCAACAAGUACCAGCUGUUGACGCUAGUCUCUCGACAUGGUUAUCUACAUCGCAGACCACCACCAGCUAUUCAAAACCGGAUCAAAGCUACGAUGAAAGACCUAUACUUGGGGGGUUAACUACAGAGGAGAUAAAACAGUUCUCAGCAACCAACUCUCCAAGGAAAUCUCCAAGUAGAAGCCCUGAAUCACCUAUUAUCGGAACAGUUGGUGGCUACUGGAACAGUCACUCAAUGGCCACAAGCAGGUAGCGGAGAAGAAGUAUGAUGUCCAAGCUCUAAUGAUGGCUUACGGUUCCACACAGGUUUGGUUACAAUGAGUUAAUUUUUUUUCAUUUAUUUAAGAUUAAUUAAUUGGUUUUAUGUGUUUUUCUGUGUAUUAUAAACCAAAUCGUUGUGUUUGUUGCAGCAUAUGUGGUGUGUUUCAAUU